UGUGUAUGCGUGUUUGUUUGUGUGUGUCGGAGUGUCGGGUGUGAAGACUGACGAGGGGACAGAUUACAGAUUUGCACUGACUCUGGUUUUAAAAUGGAUGCGGCUGAGUUUCGUCGACGGGGGAAAGAGAUGGUGGAUCUGGUGGCAGAUUAUAUAGAGAACAUAGAGAAGAGGCAGGUGUACCCAGACGUCCAGCCCGGCUACCUGAGGGCCCUUAUCCCAGAGGAGGCCCCUGAGGAACCAGAGAUGUAUGAAGACUUGGUCAGGGACAUCGAGAGAGUUAUAAUGCCCGGGGUAACCCACUGGCACAGUCCCUACUUUUAUGCAUACUUCCCUACGGCCAACUCCUUCCCUGCCAUGCUGGCUGACAUGUUGUCUGGAGCCAUUGGCUGCAUUGGCUUCUCAUGGGCUGCUAGUCCUGCCUGUACCGAGCUGGAGACAGUCAUGCUGGAUUGGCUGGGAAAGAUGCUGAGACUCCCUGAGGAGUUUCUGGCUGGUACUGAGGGCAAAGGUGGAGGGGUUAUCCAGGGCACUGCCAGCGAGGCCACGCUGGUGGCUCUUCUAGCUGCCCGCUCGAGGAUGAUCAAAUUGAUCCAGGCCGACUUCCCCGACCGGCCAGAGGCAGACAUCGUCUCCAAACUGGUGGCGUAUUCCUCUGAACAGGCUCACUCCUCUGUGGAGAGAGCCGGUUUGAUUGGUGGAGUGAGGAUGAGGAAGAUUCCCACCGAUGAUAAAUUUGCAGUCCGCGGAGAGGCUCUGCGCAGGGUACUGAAGGAAGACAAGGCGGCUGGACUCAUACCUUUCUAUUUCUGUGCUACACUGGGGACAACUCCAUCCUGUGCGUUUGACUGCAUCGCUGAGCUGGGCCCGAUAUGUAACUCAGAACGGAUCUGGAUGCAUAUUGACGCUGCUUACGCUGGGAGUGCCUUUAUCUGCCCAGAGUUCAGACCUCUCUUAAACGGUGUAGAGUUUGCAGACUCUUUCAACUUCAACCCUCAUAAGUGGCUCCUGGUCAACUUCGACUGCUCCACGAUGUGGGUGAAGAGCAGAUCAGACAUCAUUGGAGCAUUUAAGAUGGAUCCUCUUUACCUGAAACACGAACAUCAGGAGUCAGGUCUUGUCACAGAUUACAGACACUGGCAGAUUCCUCUGGGUCGGCGUUUCCGCUCUCUGAAGAUGUGGUUUGUGUUCCGCCUGUACGGAGUCAGAGGCCUGCAGGCCUACAUCCGCAAGCAUGUGAAACUGGCGAAGGAGUUUGAAAGUUAUGUGAGAAGUGACCAGCGAUUUGAGAUCUCUGCAGAUGUGGUUUUGGGUUUGGUCUGCUUCAGACUAAAGGGCUCUAACGAACUUAACGAGACGCUGCUGAAAAAGAUCAACGCCGCCCGUCGGAUUCACCUGGUGCCCUGCCAGCUGGCGGGCGAAUUCGUGCUGCGCUUCGCCGUCUGCGCUCGCACCACGGAGUCGCGGCACGUUCAGGAGGCGUGGGGUCACGUCUCUCAGCUGGCGUCUGAGGCCCUGAAGGAGGUGCCUCACUGACCGGGCCCACACCCGAAACUGACCGGACCGGUCUGGACCAGAUCAGACCGCGCCUGGCUCAACCGUGCUGCUUGACACUGCUCUCUGCUCGCUGUGUAUUUAUUGUGAGUGUGUUUGUG